AUGACUCAAGCAAUCUUUUACGGUGAUGCGCAGUAUUUUCAGAGAAUUCCAAGAGCAAUUGUUGACAGGGUCGGGAAACUUGUUCGAGAUGCGAAAUGGGGAUGGGGUUUGUGGCAUACUGACGAGUUCCGUCAAAUUAAGGCCAUGUUCACUUCUACUUAUGUUUCGUCCUUCUACCUUUGCCAAUGUGCAAAUGUUGUGGACCGACAAUGUCUCUGCCUAUGGCACAUUGAUAUGCCUAAUUCGCACAAACCUCAUUUCUUGAAGCCUCUGCUUUCCGAUUUCUACAGUGGCGUGACAAUACCACUUGGCUUCUUCUCACAGCACAUAGAAGGGAAGACAAACCGGAAAACAUGGAAACUAAGAUCGGACGCUACAGAUCAAACUUGGGAAGUGAUACAAGAAGGCAGGAGACUCACCGGAGGUUGGAAAGAUUUCACCACAGCACAUGACCUUCAAAUCGGUGACAUUGUCAUCUUCAAACACGAAGGAGAUAUGGUGUUUCAUGUCACACCAUUUGGUCCUAGCUGUUGUGAGAUUCAGUAUACACAUCCUCACAUCAUCAAGGAAGAAGCCGAUGCGGAUGAUGCUCCUUCUUUCUCAUUUGACUAUUUUUUCAGGCUGAGUGUCUUUACGUUCUGUUAUCUUCCUGAGGGAGCUACGACUUGUACUGCUUUGAACAAACAAUGCCAAGAGAUAAUACUUGUCAACAAAGAGGGAAAUUCAUGGACUGUGAGUUUGCGAUUUAGCGAAGCAGACGGCAUGUAUUACAUCAGAAGAGGCUGGAGAAAGUUUUGUCGUGCUAACAGAUGCACCAUAGGAGACUUAUUUGUGUUCAAUGUGGUUGGAGAUGGGAAAACUACUCCAUUAAUGUGUGUAUGUCCGGAAAGGGAAGAGUGA